CGGCCUUUCUGCGGCGUCGCGGCUGGAGCUCAUACCCCAAUUUGCCUCGUGCAAAUAUGAAAGUCUUCCCUUACGGUCGCCAGCUCUCGCUCACGCUGCCUUUGCUGCUCCUCAAGGCGCAGCGGGGCCGCGCGCAAGCGCUGGGCGGCAUCAUCGGUGGCUUGGCCAGCGAAGGCGACUCGCUCUCGUUCGUGUGCCCGACCGGCGAAGUGAUCGGCGAAGUCUUGUUUGCGUCCUACGUGCCCGCUGACAGCACGUACGAACGAUCCUAG